AUGAAGCUCCUGCGCAUCUUCUCCAGCUCGCUACUCAUCAGCAAUGCUGUUGCCGGCCUAGUCAGCCGACAGAGCGCCCAGAAUAGCUUUGAACAAGGCUCGCCACGGACGAACAACGGCAGUCGCGGCUCAAUCAUCUCAGGCGGCACGAACCAUGACCUAGAUCUCCAAAACCCUGAUGGUCUCGGCCAGCAGACCACAGAUGCCGGCACCGUGCCCAAUCUGAAAUGGUCGUUCUCCCUCUCCAAGACUCGCAUCUUCCCCGGCGGCUGGACAAGGACCCAAGUCAUCCAAGACCUACCGCAAAGCCACGACAUCGCCGCCGCACAGCAGCACCUGAAGAAGGGAGCUGUCCGGGAGUUGCACUGGCACAAAGUGGCUGAGUGGGGCUUCGUGUAUACUGGCCGUGUCACCGUGUCCGCAGUGGACGAGAACGGACAGUACCAGGUGGAAGAGCUGGGCGUGGGCGAUAUCUGGUACUUCCCGAAAGGUCAGGCGCACGCCAUUCAAGGUCUGGACGACGAGAAUGAGUAUCUGUUGACUUUCGAUGAGGGCAACUUUGAUGCUGUUGGUGUGACGUUCAAUCUCGGCGACUGGGUGGCUCACACCCCCAAGUCGAUCCUCGCGAAGAACUUUGGCGUCAACGAGAGCGUCUUUGCCAAUAUACCGACCGUUGACCCGUACAUCUCUCAGUUGAACGUCAGUAACAACAACGUGACCGGCGGCAACGGACCUCUGACUGGCAAUGCAUCCUACGUCUACCGUACUUUCCAACAUGACCCAGAGCCGGUCCCCGGCAAUGGCGGCACGUUCUACCGCAUCGACUCAACGAACUUCCCAGUCUCAAAAACCAUUGCGGCCACGUUUGUCACGCUAAAGCCAGGCGGCCUACGUGAGCUGCAUUGGCAUCCUACAGCAGAAGAGUGGCUGUACUUCCACAGCGGGGAGGGCAGGGCUACCGUCUUCAUCGGAAAUGGAGCAGCACGUACCUUUGACUUCCAAGCUGGCGAUACAGCUGUCUUUCCCGACAACAGCGGUCACUAUAUCGAGAACACUGGAUCCGAGGACCUCGUCUGGAUAGAAAUAUACAAAAGCGACCGAGUGGCAGAUAUCUCGCUCGGGCAAUGGCUUGCUCUGACGCCUCACGAUGUGGUUGCCAGCAUUCUCAAGAUCCCGAUCGAUGUCGUGGACCAGAUCAAGAAAGACAAGCAGUUGCUUAUUGCAGCUUCGUAG